GAUGUAAAUACGAAAAAAAAAAAAAAAACAAAUGAAAACACGACGACUCGGUCCUCUCCCACCCAAAUGGCCCUAAUCUGUUUUCGGCUGUUAGCCUCCACCGAGCUUCAGCACAGUAGCACCCCCUUCUCGCACAACCUCACAGCGCAGCUCCAGCGCCGUCGUGCAUUCACGCCUUGUGCGGUUGGUUUUCCUCCCACGGUCAGCUGCUCGGCCUGCGCCUCCUCCACGCACCUCUUGCAGCGGGUGGGCUUCCUCCUGCGGCCAACACCAGCAGCCUCUCACGGCCCACCUGUGGUUUGAUUCUUAAUUUGUCUUGAAAGAUGAAGAAAAUGAUAGCCCUAGGUUUUGAGGGAUCAGCCAACAAAAUUGGUGUUGGGGUAGUAAUGUUGGAUGGCACUAUAUUAUCAAACCCGCGUCACACCUACAUUACCCCUCCUGGCCAAGGAUUUCUUCCUCGGGAAACUGCCCAACACCAUCUCCAACACAUUCUUCCACUGGUAAAAUCAGCACUGGAAACUGCCCAAGUAACAUCUGAAGACAUCGAUUGCCUCUGCUAUACCAAGGGGCCAGGCAUGGGAGCUCCAUUACAAGUCGCUGCUAUUGUUGUUCGGGUUCUUUCCCAGCUGUGGAAGAAGCCUAUUGUUGCAGUUAAUCAUUGUGUUGCACAUAUUGAAAUGGGGAGAGUUGUGACUGGGGCUGAUGAUCCAGUUGUGUUGUAUGUUAGCGGUGGGAACACACAAGUAAUUGCAUACAGUGAGGGGCGAUACCGAAUCUUUGGGGAAACCAUUGAUAUUGCUGUUGGGAACUGCUUGGACCGGUUUGCUAGGGUUCUAAAGCUUUCCAAUGAUCCAAGCCCUGGAUACAACAUUGAGCAGCUCGCAAAAAAGGGUGAACAGUUUAUAGAUCUACCUUAUGUUGUAAAAGGAAUGGAUGUUUCUUUUAGUGGAAUAUUGAGCUGUAUUGAAACAACUGCUGAGGAGAAGCUAAAAAACAAGGAGUGCACUCCUGCAGAUUUGUGCUACUCCCUGCAGGAAACGGUGUUUGCUAUGCUUGUUGAGAUUACCGAGCGGGCAAUGGCACAUUGUGAUAAGAAAGAUGUUCUUAUCGUUGGUGGUGUGGGUUGCAAUGAACGUUUACAAGCGAUGAUGAGAACGAUGUGCAGUGAGAGGGGUGGAAAUUUGUUUGCAACUGAUGACCGGUAUUGUGUCGACAAUGGAGCAAUGAUUGCAUACACUGGUCUACUCGCUUAUGCUCAUGGCACAUCUACUCCUAUGGAAGAGUCAACAUUCACUCAGCGGUUCCGAACCGAUGAAGUGCAAGCAGUUUGGAGAGAGAAGAGUGACUGAUCUGACGGGAAUGGUCUCAUUGAGGAAAGAAUUUGAAUCAAGUGCUUCUCUGGUAGUUUAUUGUGCUAUUAUUCUUGUACAAUUAUUUAAUGGCAAAUUGUCACUGUUCUUUUUCUUUUUUAAUUAAAUAGGAACUUGCUUCCUAAUAGAUAAAUUACUCUGUUCAUAAAAGAAUUUGACUUUAUUGAAA